AUGAAACAAGUAGAAAUGGCAAAGAAAGGAUUAUUGUCUCGACCUCUAGAUUUGAUAUACUUUGUAUACUUUGCUUCACACAUUCCAGUGACACUAACUCUUGACCUUCAAACACUCUUACCUGCACACUGGAUUCCUAAAGCUCUAGCCGACACCCUAAGUUUUUAUAAGAAUACGUUUAAAGAUCCUUUCAUGGGCAGCACCGAGCCAAUUUAUUGGUUUCGCAGCUUUCUUGUCUGUGAGUUAAUCCUUCAACUUCCAUUCUUUUUUUAUGCAUGCUAUGGACUUGUUAAAGAUUGUAAACGUAUUCGUCUUCCACUUGCAGUUUAUGGUGCACAUGUAGCAACUACAGUAAUACCUACGAUUGCCGAAAUCAUGUUUAAUCCCAAAUAUCCACUUGUUACCAGCGAACGUCUGACAUUGUUUGGAUUCUACUUUCCGUAUUUUCUUUUACCUCUCAUCAUGGUCAUAGAUUCUUGUAUCGUCGUUCAUCAACAAAUAGCAACGGCACAAAAGAGAAAAUUAAUGAUUGAGACAAGUAAUUGGUUACCUUUAGUUAUCGUAACCAUCCUACUUUUCAUAACUGUCAUUGUCAACUUGUUUAGAUAUGGAAACAUAAAAACUCAACCGUGGUUUGUUUCUCUUACUUGUAUCGUCGGUUGGUUCUUUCCGUUUUGGAUUAUCAUUCUUUUACCACUUGAUUUAGCGUCUACUAUUCACGAUAAACUAGACGGCAGAUUACCAUUUGCAUAUGUAUCACGAUCAUUCUUAUUUGUUGCUUGGAGAGUUAUCUAUUGGACUUCAUUUUGCCUGACUUGGUUUUUGAUCCCUAUGAUGCAAGCAUAUAUGAAUACGGGGGAUUUUACGAUAUCAAGACGACUACGAUCAGCUCUGCAUAUCAAUCUACGAUUUUAUUCAAUCUAUGUUGUCGUAGGAUUCUUUGGGCUGGUUUAUCUGAUAUUCGGCAAUGGCUACACCACAAGAGAUAAAAUCCAAAGCUACGUGAUGGCAGCAGCCAACAGUUGGGGCCUAUUCUUAGUCAUUAUUUUUAUGGGUUAUGGACUUGUUUCCGUACCUCGUCACUUUUGGCAUCAUGGUGAUUUUAUGCGUCACUUACUUCAACAUUAUGCAAAUGCAGCAAAAUUAAAAGAAGAGUAUAUGGACAGUGAAUUAGAGUUAAAUGAGGUGGCCAAAAUUAUGAAUGUCAUUUCCAAAAGAACACAUAGAGAAAUACCACGAAUAAGAGAAUGCAUCAAUAUAAUGAUUGGAAGGUUCCCGUUUGUAACUCAAGAGUGUUAUUCUGGAACCAGUACAUCUGGGAGAAUACCAUCACAGCUUACAGAAGAUUACCUUGUAAAGCUUUCUAGACGUAUGAUACUAGCAAUCCGAAUGAGAAACAGAAAAAAGGCACUAUGGAAUAAUCUGCUGGAAGAAGCCUUUUAUCUUCAGGAUAUCAUAAAGAACAAGGAUACAUCAGAGAGACGAUUUACUUCGACAUUGCGAGUCAAGAAAGAUGAUACCAAAUGGAACAUAUUCCAAUCAGCAGUUGAAUGGUGGUGGGCCAUUCGUAUAGCACCGCUGUUAUAUAGGAUCCUAGCCAUUCUAUUUUCUGUCAUAAGUGUGUUUAUCAUAUGGUCAGAAUUGACAUUUAAUGUUAAAUCGCCUACAUUAUCCAUUGUCUCUUGGGCCCUUAAAGCAUGUGGUACAAAUUAUGCAGCUGUUGAGUUUAUGGCAUUUCUUACGAUCACAUACAUGUUUGUAUGCGUAUAUUCCUCCCUGUUUAAAAUUAGGUUUUUCAAUUUAUAUCUAUUGAUUCCAAAUCACCAUACAGACGAAAACAGUCUAUUGUGGUUUACAGGAUACAUGUGUAAAAUGAUGGCACCUUUAUGUUAUAACUUUAUCAAUCUUGCAGGUGACGCACCCUUCAAAGAGGCACCAGCAAGUGACUCUGUAUUCAGCACAUUUAUGGGCAAAGCCGAUCUUUUCGAAUUUUUGGGUGCCUUUGUAGAUUGGUUUCCAGUAGUCAUACUGAUCCCGUCACUGCUACUCUUCUUCAAUCUCCAAGAUCGAUUCCUUUCUGUUUUCGGAAUAAAGAAUGUCUAUAAAAGCAAUGACGAAGACGUGGGAGCGAACGAAAGUGGGAGAUUGUUAGAUGCAGAUUACGAAGAAGGAAAAUAUUUGGUGCUUGAAGAACGAACGGCAAGAGAAAAAGAAAUUAAUCCGGAACUGAGAGUCAGUAGUAGGCGUCGGCCACAAAGUCCACCUCAUAUACAGGCGUUCGCGGCCAAAUAUAGUCGACUUGGUCAAGCAGAGAGUUCACGCGACGAAAGGAAUAGAAAGAUAAAUGAACUUUUAGAAGGACGACUGACAGCCAAGAGAUACCGUGACAAUAGUGCUGCCUCAUCGACACUUUCCUUACCGAGUGAAUCUGCUUAUUCAGAUACAGUGAAAUUAAAAACAAAGUCAUUUGGAGACACAAUGAAACAGAAAAUAGAUGACCUCUACAAUUCCUUCAAAAGCAAUACUGAUUUACCUAGUCAGAAUCAGUCCUCGUCAGCAGCAUUUGCUCAAUCCCCACCCAUGUCACCCCGUAGCAGUAGUAGUAGUAACAAUAAUAGUAGAGGCCGUGUAUUUGGUCGCAGAAGUACCGAGAGCAACAAUAGAGGCGCUGGUGCUAGUGGAUACAAUAAUGAAUAUCAUCCCACAUCAAACGAGGCCAAUUCAGAACACUUUUCACAUAACUCCUCUGCUUUAGGUACUCAUCAAGCAAGGAAUCAUUCUAGUUCACCUUUUAUAAGGCAUAAUGACCCUUAUACAAAUGAUGCUAAUGAAUCAAGGUCAAACAAUAUGUUUGAUGAUAUUUAA